UCUCUUCACACUCAACCCACACCCUAAAAACCCAUGUCUCAACCGCCGGCAACCAACUAUCCCGCCGGCGGCCACAACUCCUCCGCCACCACCAUUGAAGUACCACCACGUCAUCACCCCCCAAAAAAAGUCUUAGCUGACCUCAACGUUGACCCUCCUACUGAAUUUGAUCCCCUGGAUUCUUUCCCCACCACCAGGUUGAGUAAUGAAGAAAUUAAUCAAGAUAAAAUGAGUUUAUUGGGAAAAGAUUCUGACUUGGUAGAAGUAGAAGGUAAACAGUCGAAAAAGUUGGUAAAAUCGCGUUCAAGGAUCGGAAAGAUGGAAAUUCCCAUUGAUUGUGGAGGUGAUGCAGAAGGUGAUCAUAAUAGUCCUGGUAUUCCGUCUUCUCGUGAGGAAAAAGUUAGCAGCCUUAAGACGGGCUUGGUACAUGUUGCAAGAAAGAUGCCGAAGAAUGCUCAUGUUCAUUUUAUACUUGGAUUAAUGUAUCAAAGAAUGGGACAACCACAAAGGGCAGUUAUGGCAUAUGAAAAGGCCGAGGAAAUCUUACUUCGUGGUGAUGAGGAUGUUGAUAGGCCAGAUUUACUUUCUUUGGUUCAGACUCAUCAUGCACAGUGUAUUUUGCUGGGAAGUUCAGAGGAGUAUGGUUCAGGAAAAGAACCGGAGGGUAAGGAGCUUGAAGAAAUUAUUAGCAAGUUAAAUGAGUCGAUGACAAUUGAUGUUAAACAAGCAUCUGUUUGGAACACUUUAGGUGUAUUGCUAUUAAAAGCUGGCCAUUUGCAGAGUGCUAUAUCGGUACUUUCAUCUUUGCUGGCGGUUGCUCCUGAAAACUUGGACUGCAUUGGGAACCUUGGAAUGGCUCAUCUUCAAAAUGGAAAUUUGGAGCUUUCAGCAAAAUGUUUCCAAGACCUCAUCUUAAAAGACCAAAAUCACCCUUCUGUUUUUAUCAACUACGCUGCCCUUCUUUUGUGUAAAUAUGGUUCCGUAGUCGCAGGUGCGGGGGCAAAUGGUGACAAUGGGGCUUGUGAGGAUAGAGUUACUGCAAUUAAUGUUGCUAAAGAAUGUUUAUUAGCUGCUGCAAAAGCAGAUCCAAGAGUUGCUCAUGUGUGGACUAAUCUUGCUAAUGCAUAUUACAUGGCUGGUGAUCAUAAACACUCGGGGAAGUGCUUGGAGAAGGCUGCAAAGUUGGAGUCCAAUUGUUUGGCAACUCGAUAUGCUGUGGCCGUUCACCGAAUCAGGGAAGCUGAAAGGUCACAAAAUCCUAGUGAACAGCUUUCAUGGGCUGGAAAUGAAAUGGCUUCUAUACUUAAGGAAGGGGAUGCUCUUGCGGUUGAGCUCCCCAUUGCCUGGGCAGGGCUUGCCAUGGUUCACAAGGCCCAACAUGAAAUUGCAGCAGGGUUUAAGAUUGAACAGAAUGAAUUAAUGGAGGUUGAAGAACGAGCAAUUUACAGUUUAAAGCAGGCAAUAUCAGAAGACCCAAAUGAUUCAGUACAAUGGCAUCAGCUUGGGCUACAUAGUCUGUGUACCCAAGAAUUUAAAACAUCCCAAACAUACCUCAAGGCCGCCGUGGCCCGUGACAAGGAAUGCUCUUAUGCUUGGUCAAAUCUAGGCAUCUCUUUGCAACUAUCUGAGCCAUCUUCUUCACAAGCUGAAGAAGUAUAUAAACGAGCCUUGUCGUUGGCAAAACCCGAACAGGCACAUACGAUCUUCUGUAAUUUGGGAAACUUCUAUCGACAGCAGAAGCAAUAUGAAAGUGCAAAGGCUAUGUUUACAAAGUCAUUAGACUUGCAGCCUGGUUAUGCACCGGCAUAUAACAAUCUAGGGCUUGUAUUUGUUGCCGAGAAGAGAUGGGAAGAAGCCAAGUUCUGCUUCGAUAAAGCACUUCAGGCUGACCCAUUACUGGAUGCAGCUAAAUCCAAUUUGAUUAAAGCAGCAGCCAUGUGUAGAGUGUGUGCACCAAGUCUCAAUUGAGGUUGUAUGUUUAAUCUUUGUUGACAUUAAAUUUUUACUCAUUUCUGGGGUUAGAGUCACUAAUUUGUAUAUAAUGCAUAUAUUUAGAUCUUCAAUUUCCCCAGUUUGUCUGGUCGCUCUCUUGUAUUCAAACGACAUCAUUCAGAUCAAGAAAAGUCAGAGUUAUGUUUUCAUGCACAAAA